UCAACUGCGCUCUUCAGCCCCUCUAAAGCGUUUAGAUAAUUCAUCCUCCGCUGAAAAAUACCUCACAACACAGCUCUUGGAGUCGAGGUUGCUCUAGAAUACAGAGUUAUUGAGCUCGCCCUCAUUCGGCUGUGUCCGGAUUGCUUCGCCUCAUUACAUUGAGAGUGCUGCAGAGGUUUGGACCCCUCCUCGGUUUGUCAACACCGCCUCUGCACAACUCAAGGUAUGGCUUAUUCAGACUCAUGUACUGCGUGCAAAGGCAAUCGGAGCAUUUUUAUUGCGAUUGUUUUAACUUUAAGAUGGAGCGAAUGCGCGCGUGUGUGAUGCGGUUCAGUCCCAGACUGGGAUGCUGUCAUCUUGCUGUGCUGAAUAAUGUCGUGUCGCUGACUGUGUUUGGCUCACACAGAGCACCAUGUCGCUGUACCCGUCUCAGAUUAAGGCUUUCAAGAGCAGCGAGCCCAAAACCCUUGGGGCAGUGGAGAUCAUCAUUGGGUUGCUGACGGUCAUUCUGAGCACGAUUGUGUAUAAACUGCACUACCACAUCCAGCGGGAGGUCAUCAUCCUCAUCCUGAAUGGUGCUCAACUCAUUAUCACUGGAAUUGUCUUGGUGCAUACUGGUAGGAGACCAUCUAAAUGUCUGGUGGGUACAACCAUUGUUUUGCAGUUGCUAACCGCAGCAUUUGAUAUUGUCGGAUUUGGUCUCAUAGCCCGACAUGUGCCCUUUCGUGGGGAAUCCUACUAUUACAGAGACACUGAGUUCCUGGUGAAUGGCAUUUUGGGCACCUUGAUUGGUUUUUUGGUAUUGGUGUGUAUUAUCGGUUUGGUUGUGGCACUUUUUGGAGUGUAUGCCCUAUCUGUUAGUGCUAUUAAGGAGAUGACACCUAUUCCUACCUCCACUGCAAACGCACAGUAUGGUGCCGGAGGACAGGCCAGGACUAAUGUGCGUAAUGGGAACUGACAGAACAAAAUCUCUCACAGGAUAAGAUCAAUGGUUUUAGCACAGUUUCAUACCAAUCAAAAGAAACAACUGUUUCAACUCUAAAUCACACACAAUUCGAACAAAAACUUUUGUGACAAUGUAAAUAAUUUGUAAACAAAAAACAAAAACAAAAAACAACUGUUAGCUCGUUAUUUGGCUGUUUUCUCACUCUGCAGUGAAUUUUGAUGGCUAAAUAGUUGCUAGGACUUCAUUCAUUUUGCACUAAUAGACAAGUUUGUUUGCAUGAAAAUACUUUUGUAGUGUCAGUAAUGAGCAGGCCAUAGACGUGAAUGCUCUAAGACUGUACAGAAAUGUAGGUAGCAAUUCUUUUUUUUAAUAUGCUAACCAAUUUGCAAAUUAGACAGAUUAUUAGUCACAAAAUACAUGUUUGUACUGGACUACAACUGCUUUCAAAACAAAGAAAGAAAUAUGAGAGAAGAUGUAUAAUAUAGUAUAUUAUUAAUGCAAGUCUGUGCUGGGGUGCUGUAGAACAUCAUUUGCAUGAAACAUUAGUCAAAUUAUAAGGCUAGUAAUGAGAGAUAAUACUGAACAACAUUUAUUAAGCUUUUCCUCAAAAAAACAUUGAGUUCAAAAGAAUCUACCAAGGAAUCUAUCUGGCCAACUCAAACAAAAACCUUAAGAUUACACACUAGCAAUAUGUAAUGAACACUAGUAAUGUCAGUGUAUUUGUAAGAAUAUUUGCAUUUACAUUUUUAGGCAACCAGACUUGACAGACUUUACAAAAGAAUGAAAGCUUGAUAAAUAUUGCCCAGAGUACACAUGAAAGUAAGGAUGUUUCUAAUGUGGGAGAACUGUGUCAAGAUCAUCUAAGUGUUAACAAAUGAUUGGCAUUGCUUGGCUUUUUUUGUCAUCCUAUUUUAUAUUUACUGAUACUUCAGGAAAGCUAUGAUGACUGCCAACUCUGUAAGUGCCACCACUUGUGACCAAAAUUAAUGGACACUAACAACAAAAAGUAAGAGGUUGAAGCCUCACUUAAGGGCUCAGCCGGUAUAAUCUCCUCUUGUGGAAGCAUGUUAUCAGUUCACAGUACUGUCUGUGUCAGUGUGUCAUUGCCUUUACAACAGCAUGUCAGAUUUACAUUUUGCCUGUAUUCUUCAACUUCUGUAUAUGUAGUGAUGGAAAAUCAUAGACAGUGUCAUGCGUGUUUAUGUAUGAUUGAUGUUUAAAAUAAACAUGAUUUGCUAGACAACAGCAAUGGAAUAUUUUCUGCAUUAAAAAGUGUAAAUAAAGGAAAGUGCCACACCCACAAAGUAAAAUAAAUAUUCAGUAUACCUAAAAAUUUAUUAUGUUACUUUAUUUUUUCAUUUAAAAAGCACCAAAAUAGUACCCCAGUGAGGUCUAAAGUAACACACUUGUUGAUUCAAGUUCAAAUACUUGCCCUGUCCUACUCGCCUGCUCCAAUUUCAUGUGGUUCUACAGUCCCCUCCUAAAAUACUGGAACACAGGGCUAAUUCGUUGUUUUUUUGCUGUAGACUGAAGACAUUUGGGUUUAAGUUAAAAAUUAAAUAUGAGAAGAAAGUUAGAAUUUCAGCUUUUAUUCUGUAGAUGUGUUAAAUGACAAAGAACAUUUUGUAUCAGACCACCCAAUUUGUAGGUCAGCAAAAAUAUUGGAACAUGGACUCACAGAUAUUUCUUGUUACCCAGGUGUGUCUUGUUAAGUUGAUUGUUUAAACAAUAAAUAGCUCUGAACAUCUACUCAUGGUUUCAGCCUUCAGUUUCACCUGUGAAGACUGCAUUUGUUGUUAAAAAGGAUAAGCCAACAUGAAAAUCGGAGAGCUGUCUAUGGGAGAAAAGCAAGCCAUAUUGAAGCUGAGAAAAGAGGGAAAAUCAAUCAGAGGCAUUGCACAAACAUUGGGCAUAGUGACUACAACAAUUUGGAAUGUCCUGCAAAAGAAAGAAACCACUGAUGUACUGAGCAACAGACACUGAGAACAACAGCAGCUGAAGACAGAAACAUUGUGAGAGCUGUGAAGAAAAACACAAAAACAACAAUCAGUGACAUUACCAACAACCUCCACAGGACACUCUUGAAGGUAUCA